AGCAGAUCGGCAGUUGCAAAUAAUUUCUCUGUUUCUCUGAGCUGAUUUUUUUCUUCCUCAACAGCUGAAUCAAAUAGCGGGUUCAGACAUGUCUUCUGGCAGCAGCCUGCAGUCUGAGGAUCGGUUUCUGUGCCCCAUCUGUCUGGAUGUGUUUACUGAUCCAGUCAGCACACCAUGUGGACACAACUUCUGCAAAGCCUGCAUCAUUCAGCACUGGGAUAUUAAUGUUAUCUACAAGUGUCCAAUGUGCAAAGAGCGUUUCACCUCUAGACCUCAGCUUCGAGUGAAUACCUUCAUCAAAGAGACAGUUGCUCAGUUCAGACGUGAAGCUCAGCAGGAAGCUGCCAAACCAGGAGAAGUUCCAUGUGACGUCUGCACUGGAACCAAACUGAAGGCCCUGAAGUCCUGCCUGGUAUGUCUGACCUCCUACUGCCAGCCUCACUUGGAGCCUCACCUGACCGCUCCACGUCUGAAAAAGCAUCAGCUGAUAGAGCCGGUGGAGAACCUGGAGGACAGGAUAUGUCUGCAGCACGAUAAACCUCUGGAGCUGUUCUGUAGGACCGAUCAGACAUGCGUCUGCUCACUUUGUCCUGUUUUAAACCACAAGAACCAUGAGUUUGUUCCUCUGAGAGAAGAAUCUGAAAGAAAGAAGGCAGAGCUGAGGAAGGCAGAGGCUGCAUUUCAGGAGAUGGUCCAGAAGAGACGACUGAAGAUCUGGGAAAUCAGAGAGUCGGUGAAGAUUAGAAAAUAUGCUGCAGACAGAGAGAAAGCAGAAGGUGUUCAGGUCUUCACAGCUCUGAAGGAGUCCGCUGAGAGAGGCCUGAAGGAGCUCCUCAAGGAGAUCGAAGACAAACAGAAAACUACAGAGAAACAGGCUGAAGACUUCAUCAGAGAUCUGGAACAGGAGAUCUCUGAGCUGAUGAAGAGGAGCUCUGAGGUGAAGCAGCUCUCUCAGUCUGACGAUCACCUCAACCUCCUCCAAAGCAUCUCCUCCCUGAAAGCUUUUCCACCCACCAAGGCCUGGACAGAGGUCAGAGUUCAUCCACCAUCAUAUGAGGGGACUGUGAUGAGAGCUUUUGCUCGGGUUGAUGUGAAUAUGAAGAAGAUAUUGAAGCUGAAGAGAGUCCAGCAGUUUGCAGUGGAUGUGACUCUGGAUCCUGAUACAGCUAAUCCUAAUCUCAUUCUCUCUGUUGAUAGAAAACAGGUGAAACAUGGAGAUGUGAAGAAGAAACUUCCAGACAAUCCAGAGAGAUUUUCUUACUGUGUUUUUGUUUUAGGACGUCAGAGUUUUUCUUCAGGCAGAUUUUACUUUGAGGUUCAGGUUAAAGGGAAGACUCACUGGUAUUUAGGAGUAGCCAGAGAGUCUGUUGACAGGAAGGAAAGCAUUACACUGAGUCCUGAGGACGGAUUCUGGACUGUUGGGUUAAGAAAUCAAAAUCAGUACUCAGCUCGUGCUGAACCUCCAGUCCAUCUCCAUCUCCAUCCUGGUCCAGAGAAGGUGGGGGUGUUUGUGGAUUAUGAGGAGGGUCUGGUCUCCUUUUAUGAUGUAGAUAUUCCAGCUCAGAUCUUCUCUUAUACUGGCUGUGACUUCAAGGACAAACUCUACCCAUUCUUCAGUCCUGAGCUUAAUCAUGAAGGUAAAAACUCUGCUCCUCUUAUCCUCUGUCCUGUUCGUUGACCUAAUAAAAAUCUAUUAGGACUUAAUCUGAGUUAGUCUGAAUGAAGUCCUACUGGUGGAGAGGUAGGCUUGGGAACAUCCUCAGCAGGAAGUCAACAAAUUUAUUUGCUGCAGCUCUUUCUGCUUUUCUGUUUCUUCACAUUUUCGGCUUCUGACUCCUGCCUUCUAAAACAACAAGCUAAUAAUUUAUUCUUGGAUUGGUGUUGUCAGUAUAUGGUGAUGAUAUAUAUGAUUGUUCAUGUUUGAAGUUUUUACCUUCUCUCUGUAUUCUCUGAUGUCACCAUGGUAACAAAACAGCAAGCUCUAAUAUUUAAAGCCUGAUUGCUGAAUCCUGCAAAUUGUUGAUUUUCUCCUUUUCAGUUCCUGUUUUUUUACAUUCUGGUGUUGAAAAAAUAAAACUAGGAUUUUAUAACACCAAUUUUAUGAUCAGAGUCGUAAGUUUUCAUGUUUGGUUUCGAAACCUGCAGUGAAAUCUGAAAUGUUGUUGGAACAUAAAUUAUUCUCUGCAGCUUUGAAUUAAAAAUAACA